UCCGGGAAAGUGGAACGUAAAGAUUCUUGAAGUCAUGCUUGAAUGGGGUUCCUUCUAUCAUAAUGAGGAGGGUGAAGAGGACAAUGAACAAGAAGAUGGAGAUGGGGAGCCUGGGGAGUUUCGCUUUGCUGGUAGAGAUAGCAUUAUUUUCCUGGUUGAUGCCUCAAAGUCAAUGUUUGAUAGUCUAAGUGAUGAUGACUUACCUCCUUUUGAAAUAGCACUACAGUGUAUUCGUAGUGUUUACACAAGCAAGAUUAUCAGCAGUGACCGUGACCUUUUAUCUGUGGUGUUUUUUGGUACCCGAGAAAGCAAAAAUUCUGACCCGUUUAAGCACAUAUAUGUUCUUCAUGAUCUGGAUACACCAGGAGCAAAACGAGUUCUGGAUCUAGAUAACUACAGAGAAGAAAAGGGAAGGUCUUUUUUCUCCAACACCAUAGGCCAUUCAAUGGAUUACUCCCUGGGAGAAGCUCUUUGGCAAUGCUCAAACCUCUUUAGCAAUGUUAAGUUGAAACUGAGUCAUAAACGUAUUAUGCUGUUCACCAAUGAAGACAAUCCACAUUUCACUGAUGCUGCCAAAACCACACAAGCAAGAGCCAAGGCAAGAGACCUUCGUGAAACCGGUAUCAUCUUGGAUCUAUUGCACCUUGAAAAGCCUGGUGGUUUUAACAUCUCUCUAUUCUAUCGUGAUAUUGUAAACACUGAUGAGGAUGAGGAUCUUGGUGUUCAGCAUUCGGCUUCCAGGAAAUUGGAUGACCUAAUGAGAAGAGUGCGGGCCAAAGAAAGCAAAAAGCGGGCUCUAUGCAGACUCUCAUUGAAGUUGGGUGAUGAUGUCAGUCUUACGGUUGGUGUUUAUAACCUGUUGCAGAAAGCUAUGAAGCCACCUCCCGUCAAGCUUUACCGCGAGUCCAAUGAGCCUGUAAAAACCAAAACACGUUCUUUCAAUAGGGAGAAUGGAAGUUUGCUUCUACCCAGUGACACAAAAAGAUCACAGGUACAGACAGAACAAAAAAUAAACAAUAAGCCACAGACCUCGGAGCUCAUCACCGUCAGCUACAACCCGCGGCAUACGGCACUUUCCACCGACGCUGAGAAAGCGUUCGACCGAGUGCUUUCACGCCUACAAACGGAUUUUCCCUUUGCGUGGGCUCGCGACCACCUUAAAUACCUGGGGACUAAAAUCACACCAGACAUUCAAGACUUAUAUUCGGCCAACUUUGCGCCAUUACUUACGGAACUCUUCGCAGACCUCAAACGUAGCAGCACCCUAUUCCAUGCAUUGCUUCUUAAAUGCCUAGAAAAACAAGUGAUGGCCAUCUGCAGAUACACUCCUAGGAGGAAUACACCCCCUCGCUUUGUGGCUUUGGUGCCACAAGAAGAAAAACUAGAUGAGAACAAUUCACAGAUAAAACCCCCAGGUUUCAAUCUUAUUUUUAUUCCAUUUGCUGAUGACAUUCGUAAAAUUGGAGGUCCAGAAAAAGUUCCUGCCCGAGAUGAGCAGGUGGAUAAAAUGAAAGAAAUUGUGCACAAAAUGAGAUUUAAAUACAGGAGUGAAGCCUUUGAGAAUCCUGCACUACAGCAGCAAUUCCGAAACCUGGAGGCUCUUGCACUUAAUUUACUGGAACCUGAACCCAUUGAAGAUCUGACAUUGCCAAAGACUGAAAUGAUAGAUAAUCGUUUGGGUAAUCUAUCAGAGGAGUUUAAGGAUCUGGUGUAUCCACCCGGUUAUAACCCUGAAGGCAAAUCUGUAAAAAGAAAACAAGGUGAAGGUGACGGUCAAGCCGGGAAGAAAGCUAAAGUUGAGACUUCUAUGUCAGAAGAUGAGCUUAGGGCCAGUGUGAAGAAUGGAACACUGGGAAAAUUGACUGUGCCUGUGUUAAAGGAACUGUGUCGGGGUUAUGGUCUGAAGGGUGGGAAAAAGCAAGAAUUGGUGGAUGCUCUUGUUGGAUACUUUAAUAAAAACUGAGCAUAUGAUUGUUGCACUAAUGGUCUGAUUGUACAAUAUUUCAAUCAGAUU